UACCGCUGCACCCCUCCAGUCCAGCAGGUGGCGCUAAUGCAACUACAAGCGCUGGUUCACCAGAAGAAGCUCUAAACCACGCCCACCGGAUGUACGCAGCGUUUUCCCCGGGAAAGCUCGGUUUGUUGAGAAGCUGCUGAAGCGUCGGUAAACAAUGGAGAAAAUAACAGAGAAACUCUUACUGGAGAAAGGUUCUCCAAAAACCAACAAACUGGAGCAAAUCAAGACCCUAAAUCUGUCUAAGCUGGCGCUGAAGGUUCAGGACUUGCCGGCCAGGCUGCUGUCCCGUCUCCAGUCCCUGGAGAGGUGGGAUCUGUCUGGGAACAGACUGCAGGAGUUGCCCAAGAACCUGGAGCUGCCUGCGCUUCGCUACCUGGACCUCAGCGACAACCAGAUGGAGGAUGUUACCACUCUGGAGUCCCUGGGAGGUCUGGAGGAGCUCAAGAUAGAGGACAACCUUUAUAUCACUGUGAGUGAUAAUUAUAAACUGAUGACGCUGUUGCCCAACCUGAGGAUUUACAACGGUAAAGAUAUCACUACUACUGCCAACCACCUGCGCUACGUCUACACUGAGAACCUGAGGACCAGGAUAAUUGCAGUUUGGGAGAAGAGCUUCAGUCUCCCGGAUCCAAUCACGCCGGAGAAACUCUCCACCUUGAAGACAGACUUUGUCAACGCUACCCGUCAACAGGUUAAAUUUGGACCCGCGUCGGUCAGCGACUUCACCAAAUGGAAGGUGGAGAUUAUGGCUAAGGAGUAUCUGCGCUCUCUGACAGAGCCAAAGGAAGAACCACAGAGCGAGGAGCCGACUGACACUAAAGACAACUGUGAAGUCUCAACGCCGACCAAGAGGAAACAAACGACACCGGUAACGGACUCCAGCAUAAACCUGACGCCUCGCAAGAAGUUGUGCGCAGAUCUCCCAGCGUCCCCAGUCGGAGACAGUCCCCGCAAGGCCAGCCUCCGCUUCAAACCUCAGCCGCUAAUGCAGAGCAUCAGGAUGAGCCCCCGCAAGGCCGCUCAGCCUCCCUCUACCCCCACCAGAGCCCAGACGAGGGCAGAGACGCCCAAGAGAGGCUCUAAAGUGAGACAAACCAAAGAGGAUGGGGCUCAGAUUAAACAGAAGGAAGGUGUGAGCAGAAAGGAGCUGCAGAGGGAUGCAGACACGCUGCCCACAUUAAAGAUCUGCAGCCAGACACAGCAGCCGGUGCAUCUGAAGCCCCUCCACGUCCUCCAGUGCCACAGCAAACAGGACAGCUCGGAGGACUUCUCCACCCAGCUGUGGGCCUGUGCUUUCCAGCCAAUGCCCGACUCCACUGGCGCUGGUGGAGGAAGCCGUUUGGUUGCUACGUGUGGCGGAGACUCGCUCUGUGUGAUUGACUGUGAAACUGGGAUUGUGAUGAAGAAGUACAAAGUUCCCGGAGAGGAGUUCUUCUCCCUGGCCUGGUCCACGGUGCUGAUGUCCAGGGGGGGCAAUGCCUCGGCUCAACACUGCAGCAUCCUGGCAGCUGGCGGGAAGAGAGGGUUGGUCAAACUCAUCCACCCCAGAAACAACGUGGCCUACGGGGAGUUCAGAGCCAGCCGCAAGUCGCUGUCUGUCCUCCGCUUCAACCACCACCGGGGCAACUUCCUCUUCACGGGCUCUUACGAUAACAAGAUCGUGAUGUGGGACAUCGGCGGAGUGGACAGCCAGUACAACUACAAAGUCGUUCAGCUGCUGGUGUUGGAGAUCAGCGCCACCCCUCUGCACAUCUGCCUCCCCCCCACUUCCCCCAACUCACACCUACUGACCGCCUGUGAGGACGGCCUGCACUGCUUCAACACACAACUCGGCACCAACACCACCACAAAGAGGUCAAAGGAAAUGGAGAUAACUUUCCCCAUAUAUAAGAAAGAGGACAAAGACCACGACUACCACACCAUUGAUGGGCUGAGUUUUCUGACAGAUGACAUAGUGGCCUCCAAGAGCUACAUGCACGGGGCCAUUUACCUGUGGAGCUGGAGCAGGACCAAGGCUCAGCGGCCCGACAAGAAGAACAGGGAAGUGUGUGCUGUGGUUCUGGCUGAGCUGCAGUGGACCAACACAGAGAUUCCUUACCUGGCUCUCAACACCUGUCCCGGCCGAGCCUACAUAGUGUGUGGAGACGACAAAGGCCGGCUGUGGACGUACCACAUCAGCAGCCUGCAGAAGAACAGCCUUCAGACUGGGAAACCCAUACAGCCCACUGAGGUGUUGGAGUGGCCGACACCGGAGAGGAAGGGCCUCGGGCAGGUAGAGGGCCCCUCCAUCAACAGUGUAGCAAUGGACCCGGAGCUCCACUUCCUGGUGGCCCUCAGUGACAAGAACAUGGUGAUAGUGUGGAAGAGAGACGGAGAGCAGGAGUCCUCCUGAGCCAACAGAGCGACUGCAGCUCGGGAUGGACGUCAGACGGAUCUCUGAAGUGGUUUUUGUUCUGGGAACAAACGGAUGAGAGUUUACCAAAUGUUGGUAUCUGUGAGGUUAAAUAUGGAAGAUUACCUCAUUGUAUUACUCAUUUUUGUCCUAAUUUGUUUGGAAAAAGACUUUUACAGAUCGAAGGAAUACACCGACAGGAUUCUUGAUUUUCUUUUAUAUGAAAAUAUGUGGCGUACUUGGUAUUAUUUUAUAGUCUUGUACUUAAAGUUGCUGCUGUUGGGAAGAGAGCUGUCGCUAUGUGACACAGUUCUCAGUUUUACUUGUGUAUCUUAAAGGAUACAGCACAUAAAAAUGUCCACACCGACCAUAAAACAUGAUGUCACAGAGUUGGAUUACUCAGUGUGAUAACUUAAACAUGUAAACAUUUGAAGCAGAUCAUAACAAUCAUAUUUAAUCUACAGAAUUACAAUAAUGCUGUAAUUGGCCUCAGGCGUUUCAUUUUAGAUCUUGUUUUAUUGUCUCUUUACUCUGGUUUUAUUUGAGUCUUAAGUAAAACGUCUUGUAUUUCCAGCUUUCAGUGCAGUCAUGAAUGAGGACUCUAAUGUUAAAUUCAUGAAUGUUUUUUUGUGCAUUGACUGUAUUUUCUUUCCAAAUGUACAUAUUUAAUGUGAAUAACUGUAUAUGAACCAACAUUGUGUUUGAAUGGAGCUGUAAUGUUCUGAUAACACUGCUCACUAACAGGUCAGUGCUGCUGUGAGGAGAGUUCGAAGGGCAACCUGGAGACUAAAUACUCACAGUACAACGUGUCCCUUCCUACUGUGUAAUCCCACAGUAUUUAUACUACCCGUGUUUCUGGGUACAACCCACCAUGUGUGGUUGUACUAAUAAUCUUCAUUUUUAAUAAAACAAAUGACUGCAUUCUCAUUUUA